AUGGACCGCUACCGCCAAAAGGAAUAUGAAGACGCUAUCGAGAAGCUGCAACUCGCCGGGUACCCUCGUUGGGAGGACUUCCAGACUUGGUGUGAAAUGCGGUUCGAGCCUAUCCAGGACACGGCGGAAAUCGAAGGCAUCAGCACCUCAAGGGCUUGCUCUCGCCUGGAUCUUGUGGAGCCGGCUGAGACGUUGUACCAGAAGUGGGAACAAUUAAUUGCUAAUUGCUUAAAAGAGCUCGAGAAGACCCUGCCGCCUUCUCUGUGCUGGGACGAGGUGUACUAUCCGUACAACUCUAGCCCUACUCCAGUCCCCUAUGAAGGCCGCAGGUACAGAUACCGACUCCGCUUCAAUACGGACCCCACUGACAACUGGCUCGCUCCUGCUCCUCCAGCCGAUGGCGAGGACGACGGCUCGGGUUCCUUCGACCGUGCCUUCUUAACUCUAGGCUUAGCCAACGAUGCCGAGAAAGAUCAGUUCAAGGGCAUGCAACUCGGAUACCUGGAGUAUAGCGAUCGCGCUGAGAAAGAGGACUGGAAGCAGACGAGCAUCCCCGUCGUCCUUCGCUCGAACCUCGCAACCACUCGCUCUGACGGUCUGUACGCUAUCAAUCUUUUGGCCACAGUGGGCGGGGCCGAUAGAAAGGUCAGUGGAAAGAAGGAUCUCAAGGAUAUCCUCGCCGAUCUCGAUCUCAAGAAGCGUAUCUGGAUCCCUUUGGACGGCGGACUAGACGACAACACCCCGAAGAUUAUAUCUAGGCCGGAGACUCCCAUCUACCGCGGUAUGGCCCUUCCAUCAGGCUUGGUCCGCUGGGAGGACGAGGACUAA